UACUUUGAGAAACAAGUCUUACCCAGGUUCUUUAUUUUGAGGAACGCAUCUUACCCAGGUUCUUUAUUCUUUGGAACACAUCUUACCCAGGUUCUAUUUUUUGAGGAACAAGUCUUACCCAGGUUCUAUUUUUUGAGGAACAAGUCUUACCCAGGUUCUUUAUUCUUUGGAACACAUCUUAUCCAGUUUCUUUAUUUUGAGAAACAAGUCUUACCCAGGUUCUUUAUCCUGAGGAACACAUCUUACCCAGGUUCUUUAGUCUUUGGAACACAUCCUAUCCAAUUUCUUUAUUUUGAGAAACAAGUCUUAACCAGGCUCUUUAUUCUGAGGAACACAUCUUACCCAGGUUCUUUAGUCUUUGGAACACAUCUUAUCCAGUUUCUUUAUUUUGAGAACCAAGUUUUACCCAGGUUCUUUAUUCUGAAGAACAAAUCUUACCCAGUUUUUUUUUAUUCCGAGAAAGUCUUACCCGGGUUCUAUUUUUUGAGGAACAAGUCUUACCCAGGUUCUUUAUUUUGA